AUGAAGGGUGUUGUUGCUGGCCUUGUCAUGGUGCUCAGUGCUCUUGCCGGGUUCGGGCCUGGCAAGACGGCGAGAGCUGUGCCGGCGGUCUACGUGCUCGGGGACUCGUCACUGGACGUGGGCAACAACAACUACCUGCCGGGGAACAGUGUCCCAAGGGCCAACAAGCCCUUCCAUGGCGUCGACUUCCCUGGACCCGGAGGGCCAAGGCCCACCGGAAGGUUCAGCAAUGGCUACAAUGUGGCCGACUUCAUUGCCAAGAAUCUGGGGUUCGAGGGGAGCCCUCCUGCUUAUCUGUCGCUGAAAGCUCAUCGUCGUCUGAUCGGCACUGCUCUGCUCAGAGGUGUAAGCUAUGCUUCUGCAGGAGCUGGGAUUCUCGAUUCGACGGGCGCCGGAAACAACAUCCCGUUGUCGAAGCAGGUCCAAUACUUCCAUUCGACAAGAGCGGCGAUGGAGGCCAAGCUGGGCUCCGCCGUGGUCAGCGACCUGCUCGCAGAGUCCUUCUUCCUCAUCGGCAUCGGCAGCAACGACCUGAUACAGUUCGCCAUGGCGCAGCAGGCCAAGAACAAGUCGACCACACAGAGCGACGUCGCCGCGCUCUACGGCAGCCUCAUCUCCAACUACUCCGCCACCAUCACGGAUCUGUACAUGAUGGGCGCGAGGAAGAUCGGCAUCAUCAACGCUGGCCUGUCCGGGUGUAUCCCAAUGGUCCGCGCGCACGACGCGACCGGCGCAUGCAACGACGGCACAAACGAGCUAGCGGCCGGGUUCAAUGGCGUCCUCGAGUCCUUCCUCGCCGACCUAGCGCCCAGGCUGCCGGGCCUCGCCUGCUCCCUCGCCGACGGCUUUGCCCACAGGCAAGCCCUCAUCGCUGACCCGCAGGCUCAAGGCUUCGCGAACGCGACCAGCGCGUGCUGCGGGAGCGGGAGGCUCGGCGGGGAGGCCCGUUGCCUGCCCACCUCGAACCUCUGCGGCGACCGUGAUGGCUACGUGUACUGGGACUGGAUGCACGCCACCCAGCGGGCUGCUGAGAUGGCCGCCGAGGCGUUCUUCCAUGACCCGGCGCAGUUUACCAUGCCUCUUACUUUCAAGCAGCUGGCAGAGAAGAAAGGGACGGACCUAAUGGAAUAA